AUGACAAAGAAAGGGAAACAAAUUGCAUCUCAUUCAAGAUCAUAUGUUGUGUGGAAUCGUGAUAUGGACGCAGCUUUAGCCAAUGUGUUGUACGAUCAAAUGAACCAAGGAUUAAAAGUCGAUGGUACUUGGAAGCCUCAAGUGUAUCAAGUUGCGGUUGAUGCACUAAAAUCAUUUAAUAGCAACUUGAACAAAGAUAACGUGAAAAAUCGACUCAAAAUUUGGAAAACCCAUUAUAAUGUUAUCUAUGACAUUAAAAAUAAAAGUGGUUUGACGUGGUGGGAUGAUGAGAAGAAAAUGGUGAUUAUACCCGCUAGUGAGCAAAAAGUAUGGAACGACUAUGUUACGGCUAAUCCAGAUGCAAAAGGCUACCAGAAUCGUUUGAUUAAAAAUUAG